CCAGAGCUUCCGACCCUUCACUCCCGCGACUGGCUGUCGUCUGGCCAUCUCACGGUUGAUCACCGGCGCCGAUCGGUUCGUCUUCUCAUCUCCGUUGUCUCUGCAGUCUCGAUCUGUACAAUCUCAGAUUGCGGAAGCCUUGCCUAAGUUGAUGCAUGAGGUCUUGUAGAUCUGUUUCCCAAGAGAGAGAGACAGACGGAGCAAUACGAAGACGAUCAAUAUUCCCUUGAAGACCAAUCUUUGCAUCCGAUCGACGCUCUAUCAUUCCCAUCCAUAGUCUUCAAUAUGAAUAGAGCCUUCAGAACUCUUCUGGCUGAGACCGUAAAUUUCAGCAAGAGCCAUAAACCUACAUAUUGGCUUGAAAAUAACGGUUCCAAACCAACAUUCUGGCUUCCAAAUAUCGUCCAGGUAAAGGAAGGGACAGCCGCUGUAGUUGAGCGGCAAGGUGAAUACUUCAAAACCCUAAAGACUGGAUUUCACCAUCUUCAAAAUAACAAGGAUAGGGUUGUCAGCGUAAUGACAACCACACCGGUAUCUCUUCGGCCUCCUAUAAAGAAAGAAUUAUAUAUUCGGACCAAGAACGGCAAAAUAUAUUAUCCACAAGCCUCGGUGCGAAUCAAGAUCCUGGACCCCAAGUGUGCUUGGUAUAGCUUUCGUAAACUUUCUGAGCUUACCCAACCGAGAAGAGAUCAAACAGGUCAAAACAUGUACACUGCAGAGCAGACAUUUGUACAACUCUUUAGGAUGGCCAUGCCAAAUAAUCCUUUUCAUUAUUUUUCAACAGUGGCCCAAAUGCUCAAUUACGGACAUUUUAUGAUGAUGAUAAAUGAACGAACAGUUGGUGAAUAUAGUGAAGAGGAGAUACUUGAGGCAAACAAAGAACUCAAUGAAGACUUAAAGCUCGACCUCAAGGAAUUUGCACGAUGUGGUUUUGAGUUCAUUGACCAUUCUUUUGGACUAUUUCCUACCUCCUUUGACCUGGGGGAAAACUUAAAAUCAAAAGCUGCCAUUUAGAUGCGGGAAAGCAUUUUCAUGUCAUUGAUAGAGCCAAUCGAUGACUCAAGGACUUAAAUUGUUCUGGUUUUGAACGCUGAGGUGGAGAUCGAUGCAGUGACUUCUCGAGGAGAGUCUUUCAUUUCUACAUUUUUGGUCAACCAAAAUAUAUGUAUUGUGCAUGACAGCAGUAUGUAAUUAACCAUGUGAACAUGCCUUAGCACCUAGGUGUGCCUUACUGUUGAUGAAUGAGAAGCUUAAAUAAUGCUCCAUUA